UGCAGACGCAGGCACGCAGAUGCAGAUAAAUCUUGGUUUGGGUCGUGCUACUUGGGGUUUUGGAAUCUCUUGACGGACCUACCUCACCUAAAUCAGGCGGUCGACGACCAAAGGUGCCGUAUUCUCCCUCUCUCUCUCCCUCUCUAUCUGCGACCGCAGUCCUUCCGACCACGCAUGGAGCAACUCCUGUCGAAGGCAGUCGACUUGUCCACGAAAAAGCGGCCCCACCGUCGUCGUUCAUUCCUUGCAUUCGCAAGCAAUGGGCGGGUAACAUCAUCUCCGGCAUCUCUGGGCGCCUUCCAGAACAACCGACUCUCACAAGGGACGUCAACAAACCAGCAAAAGCGACUCCAACGAGCGCCCAGUUGUGGCGGAUUCAAAUGGACUCCGCCGCUCUCGCCCGGGAACGACAAAGAGAACUCCGAGCUUAAGCCCACAACACCUGAGCAAGCCAUUGUUCUACUCCGAACCACAGGGUUGCCGCCUCUGGCGGAGCUCAAGUCGAUCCGACAAAUGGUGGGAGCGGCGUCGCGCACGUGGAUUCGGGACUUUCUGAUCCGAGGCGGCCGGGGGUGCGUCAACGCGAAGGUUCGAGAGAUGGCUCAAUUGGAGAUGGAGGCAAGAAAGCAUCGACCCAAACUGGCCCUGCUGCCCAAAGUGUUCGGCAGCGGCAAAAGCGACCUCCCACCUAGACCAACGCUGAGGGAGAUAUCGGAAGUCAGAGAGGAGUUGAUUCAACUCGUGCUGUUCCUGCACCUCAGGGAGUGAUGGAUGUGGGAUUCGGGCUGUGGCCUGUGGGAUGUCGUUGCGUUGGCGUCCAACAUGUCACAGACUUGUCUUUGAAAUGAUUCCUUGUAACCGUGCUUGUUUACGAAACGAAGGGAGGAAGGGGAAGGAAUGAAGUACGUGGGGAGGAGUUGUGACGAAGGGAGGCUCAUUCUGAAGCGCACUUGGCAUCUAUACAAAUUCGUGAUGACGAGGCAGUGUUGGUGUUGAUGACCUAUUUGUUUUUCUCUCUUGAGGUGCUCUGUGGAGAGCGAUGUCGCAGUCCUUUGCUUUGAUGUGAUCUUGUUCUGUCUCUCCGUUACCUCCAACACCUUCAUGUCUCCCUGGGGUGGCAUACGGACGAGCGAGCAGGCGUAUAGUUUAGUAUUUGGCAGUAGGGUACAAGUACGUCUUUUUCUCGGUUCCGAGGGGAAGGUUCCAGGGUCAGGAAACCGAAGCGCAAUAGAGACUGGUUCAUAUUUUGUGCACAUUUCGCUUGCUGUGUGUGCAGAAGAUCGACGAGCUUCGUGCGCGUUUCCCAUGGUCGUAUCCUUUUAGGAAUCCUUCGAUUUUGAUUGAUGCGCCCCCCUGGUAUCUGAUUUGUCGAGUGGUGCACGUAGUAAACUGUUGUACCGACGCGGUAGGCCAUCAGCCGCCUCCGACUUGGGUUAUCAUUUGGAGGUCCUGGAGCGUCGUCGUGGCUGCUCCCUCCUCCUUCCCGUGACGUGUGUUGGUGUGGCGUUAUUGCACGCAACGUUUGGGUGUUGGGAGCAGCUGCCGAAUACAGCGCUCCUGUGUUUUGUCUUGUCGAUUUGUCCGUCGUUUCUUGUGUGGGAAGGCGCGUCUUGUAACGCAUCAUUUUCCCUUCUUUUUGUCUUAAUUGUAGCAGUCGGAUCCUCGAGUCCACCAAGGCAAAUGGUAAUGUUUGUCUGGGUGUUAGAAGUGUGUCUUGUUCGUAGCUGUGACGCAGAGUUGCGAGAGGGCGUUUGAGGACAACGUGACUGAGUAAUUUUCGCGUGGUCCACCGGGUUGGCGGUUGGAAGAAUUUGUGACUAAUCUUUCAUCUCGUCGAAGGCCGGUACCCGUGCGCGCAGCGCUUGAUCUUUUCAUGCCUGCCAGCUUCUGUACCAUGUGGGGCGCUGAGUCAAAUGUUAGCUUCAGCAUGGCGACAAGGUUGACCUGUUUUCUACCCUUCACACUGCUGCUGCUGCUGCUGCUGCUGCUGCUGCUGCUGCUGCUGCUGCACAACAACGUGGUCAUUCCGGUGGAUUGAGUAUCACUUGUUUUUGGCCACGUAAUUUUUGGUAGGAGGUUGCUAUUUGCGGCACCUCAUGGUGAUGAUGAGUUUUAUUGCGCGUGUCAGGAUCCUUCCACGCGAGCUCGGUUGUGGGUUGCUUGGCCGAAGGGAGCGAAGCCGAAACACCGCGAGAAGCGAGGGGGGGCAAUGUCUGAUGCUGAUUCUAGCGUAUGGAAUCUCCGCAAUGCUGUAUAUCUUGGUCGGAUGACAACGGGCGAGAGCCCGCAGCCUAUCGACAAAAAUUCAGAGGGUAAGGUAGGGUGGGGUGGUGCUGGCCGAUGGCGUUGUGGACUACGGUUCAGCCCAGGGGGCGGCGGUUGAGCCUGCUGUGGUGCCAGUGACAUAGGGCGUUGACUGCACGACUUUUCUGGGGACGGUGCGUGUGUUUAGGGCGACUCAAGCCUGUGUUCGUUCCUUGGGCUUUGGUUCUUAACUGGUUGUUUUCGAACGUUAUUUCCUGCUGCAUGCUGCGGAGUCACUUUCAUCGGCUUGUUGUUUUUUCGUCGCAAUGUUUCCGCCUCUGACCCACCAGGUAUGACGUGGACGCGUCAGCGUUUUGGUUUCGGAUGGGGAUAUGGUCGACUCAAGAGAGUAAAUAUUUGUUGCGAUUAUGAAUCUCGCAGAGGAUGCUGCUGAAGGUACGUAUUGUACGAUAUUUCGGGACUGCGGUAAAGGCCAGGGGCGAGAUUGUCAGAGAAGAGUGCCUGCUUUCGCUAAGAGCAGUUGUUUCUCGCCCCGCUGGUAUCAUCAUAUUUGCUGUUCGAUUUCGUUGUACUUAAAAGUCUACUUCUUGUAGGCACCAUCGAAUCUCGUCGGCGUUUUUGCUGUCGGCAACAUCGAUGUUGCUCGUGGGGUUUUUGGUGAUGCUGGGCUCAGGUUGUUGGAGCACGUACUAAGUAGAUUCGUGGACUUUGCUUCUGCCUGCUGUAUAUUUUUUUGUUUCGGUCGUUGCGAGUCCUUCAGUAGGAGUACCCCGACGUUUUAUGAAAGUCCAGCUGUGUACUUAACGUUUACAUUUAUUUGCUCUUGCGGCCCAAUCCGUUUUAUCUAGGAGGUGGGCAGACAAGUCAUACGUUGACACGAGUGCGUCCGUGUUUUGCUGGUUGUCUGUUGCGCUUGAGUGAAAUGGCGGUGAAAGAGGCUCGAUGAAGUCUGAGGAAGUUGCGACUGAGACAGUACGAGCUACACUUUUGGUUCUCAAAAAUGUUUUUCGGUGUUCUGAAAGGUUACAAAAAUGUUUUUUUGCAAACGCU